GGCCUUCCUUUCCUUCGCUUCCCCUGCUCUCCUUCACGGCUCGGUUAACGGUCGCCGCCAGUUUAAAUGAGUCCGGGUCCCGGCCGCCGCGUCACCCCCUGAGGCGGAGGCGGAGUCUGUCAGGAGGAGGAGGAGGGGGGAGAGGAGACCGAGAGCGAGCAAGAGAGAGAGAGAGGAGGAGGAGGGGGCGCCCUCCCCCCCCACCUCCCUCAUCCGGGUCCUGUCCCUGAGGGGGAGCCGGGGCAGGAUGACGGUGCUGCAGGACCCCGUCCAGGCUGCUAUAUGGCAAGCACUUAACCACUACGCUUAUCGGGAUGCAGUGUUCCUGGCAGAGAGGUUGUAUGCAGAAGUGCAUUCAGAGGAUGCCCUGUUCUUAUUGGCAACGUGCUACUACCGCUCAGGAAAGGCUUACAAGGCAUACAGGCUUCUUAAAGGACACAGUUGUACCACCCCGCAGUGUAAAUAUUUGCUUGCCAAGUGCUGUGUUGACCUCAGCAAACUUGCAGAAGGAGAGCAGAUCUUAUCUGGUGGCGUGUUCAACAAACAGAAAAGCCACGAGGACAUUGUGACAGAGUUCGGUGACUCUGCAUGCUUCACACUUUCGCUCCUGGGACAUGUGUACUGCAAGACAGAUCGGCUUGCCAAAGGAUCUGAAUGUUACCAAAAGAGCCUUAGUUUAAAUCCUUUCCUCUGGUCCCCCUUUGAAUCACUAUGUGAAAUAGGUGAGAAGCCAGACCCUGAUCAAACGUUCAAGUUAACAUCAAUGCAGAACUUCAGUACCUGCUUGCCUAACACAUGCACAACAGUGGUGUCUAAUCACAGCAUACCCCACAGACAGCCGGAGACGGUUCUUAUGGAAACGCCACAAGACACACUUGAAUUAAACAGACUCAACCUGGAGUCCUCCAACUCUAAAUAUUCCUCCAACACAGAUUCCUCCAUGUCUUAUAUUGACUCAGCUGUAAUUUCACCAGAUGCUGUACCUCUUGGAUCAGGGACUGCCUUCUUAGCUAAGCAAGCUCAAAACAAACCAAAAACUGGCCGGAGUCUUCUGGGUGGACCAGCUGCUCUGAGUCCGUUAACGCCAAGCUUCGGAAUCUUGCCAUUAGAAACCCCUAGUCCUGGAGAUGGAUCCUAUCUACAAAACUGCACAAAUUCUUCUUCCGUAAUUGAUGUGCCACCUCCAGGAGCCCCUUCUAAGAAGACUGUCACCAGAAUAAGCCAAGCUGGAACAAAGUCUGUCUUCUCUCAAAGCGGCAAUAGCCGGGAAGUAACGCCAAUUCUUGUUGCACAAACUCAAAGCUCGGGCCCUCAGACAAGUACAACACCUCAGGUAUUGAGCCCGACCAUUGCUGCUCCACCUAACGUGCUGCCUCGAAGAAGUUCUCGUCUGUUCUCUAGCGAUAGCUCUACCACAAAGGAGAAUAGUAAAAAGUUAAAAAUGAAGUUUCCACCGAAAAUUGCAAACCGAAAGACAAAGUGUAAAACCAAUAAGGGAGGAAUCACACAGCCAAACAUAAAUGACAGUUUGGAAAUCACCAAACUUGAUUCGUCCAUCAUUUCAGAAGGGAAGAUUGCCUCUGUAACGCCACAGAUCCAGGCAUUCACGUUACAGAAAGCAGCAGCAGAAGGUUUGAUGAGCCUUCUUCGCGACAUGGGGAAAGGGUAUUUAGCCUUGUGUUCUUACAACUGUAAAGAAGCAAUUCAUAUCCUGAGUCACUUGCCUUCUCACCACUACAACACUGGCUGGGUGCUGUGCCAAAUUGGGAGAGCUUACUUUGAGCUUGGGGAAUAUAUGCAGGCCGAGAGGAUAUUCUCUGAAGUAAGAAGGCUUGAAAACUACAGAGUGGAAGGCAUGGAAAUCUACUCAACAACACUGUGGCAUCUGCAAAAAGAUGUGGCUCUUUCAGUUCUUUCAAAAGACUUAACUGAUAUGGAUAAAAACUCGCCAGAGGCAUGGUGUGCUGCAGGAAAUUGCUUCAGUUUGCAACGGGAACACGACAUCGCCAUCAAGUUCUUCCAGAGGGCUAUUCAAGUUGAUCCAAACUAUGCGUAUGCCUACACUCUCCUAGGGCAUGAAUUUGUUCUGACGGAGGAACUUGAGAAAGCACUGGCCUGCUUUAGGAAUGCGAUCAGAAUGAAUCUGAGGCAUUACAACGCAUGGUAUGGUUUGGGAAUGAUUUACUACAAACAGGAGAAAUUCAGCCUUGCAGAAAUGCAUUUCCAGAAAGCACUUCAUAUCAAUCCCCAGAGCUCUGUCUUGCUGUGCCACAUUGGGGUUGUCCAGCACGCACUGAAGAAAUCUGAAAAGGCUUUGGAUACUCUCAACAAAGCCAUUAACAUUGACCCCAAGAACCCCCUCUGCAAAUUCCACAGAGCCUCAGUAUUAUUUGCAAAUGAGAAAUACAAGUACGCUUUGCAAGAACUUGAAGAACUGAAGCAGAUCGUUCCCAAAGAGUCUCUUGUUUACUUCUUGAUAGGAAAGGUUUAUAAAAAGUUAGGGCAGACCCAUCUUGCACUGAUGAACUUUUCCUGGGCAAUGGACUUGGAUCCAAAAGGAGCCAACAACCAGAUCAAAGAGGCCAUUGAUAAGCGGUACCUUCCUGACGAUGAAGAGCCUGUAACACAGGAAGAGCAGAUCAGCGAAUGCUGCCCAUACGAGUCAGUCGGCACAGAUGAGUCACAGGCGAGCAGCAUGACCGAUGCAGACGACACGCAGCUCCAUGCAGUAGAAAGCGACGAAUUUUAACUCCAACAGCUGGAUUCUGAGCUUGGAUGUGUGACUGUCUGAAACUGUUGGGUUUUCCCUUCCCUUCCUGCCGCAGAGAGCCAACAUCGUUCGAGCGCUCCACCGACACUGCAGGCGUAUCAUUCAUCAGAUUUUAAUUGACGCAGAAUUAAUGGCAAUGCAUUUGAGGCCAUUAUUUGAGUCUGACUCUUUGGCUCUUUCACCUUUUUUGUAAACAUGAAUUUAUUUUUUUUUAGAAGGAAAGAGGGCUUUUUGUGUUCUUGGGUUUUUUUUUCACACCUGUUUUGUUGACAAGCCUAUCAUGGAAGAAAGAUUUGCUGUUUUGGGAGCUGGAAAGUAUAAGGGAGUAACUAAUGAAGCUCUUUCUCCAGCAAUGUGUCUUAGUUUUGACUCUUUCCAAUAAGCAGAGACCUGAAUUUCUCCAUUUCCACGUUCUGCAUUGUGGAAGUUACAGGACUAGAAUGUGUUAAAGACAUUUUUGAAUACCGUUAUAGAGUGUAACUUAAAUACCAGAGAAUGUAAAUGACUUCAAAAGCGACAGUAUCUCCUGUGAACAAACACGUUGCUGAAUACAAAGCCCAGUAUCCCCUGCUUUUAGUUUUGUAAACCUGCCAGGAUAGAGACUUCCAUAGAAUACUUUAGUAUUCCAUCCAAGAGUUAACUUUUACUGAACUAACUUCCAAAGCAUCGUUUGUUGGUAUUUGCAGACAACUCAAGUCGGUAACUUAACAUGUUUUUUUUCCUCGGGUGCUAACAAUGGCAUCCAACACUUGGGGAAGUUGAAAUGCUGUCGCAACUAUAAAAGCAAAAUCCUAGAGAAAAAUUAGUGUGUAGAUUUGCAGUGUUGAAAGGAUGCAAUGAAAUACAUCUGCAACCACAGAGAAUGCCAAGAAGACAGUGGAAGCCUUAAUCCAAUCAAAACCUUACAAUGGUGGUGCGUCCCACUCCUGUUUGAGGCAGUAUCCCCGUCAAAAUUAUUUUGUAAAGUGUUGUCUGAAUGAACAGAUGCAAAAAAAAAAGAAAUGUGCAAUUAUCUGGGGGGUUUUUUCCUUCUUUUUUUUU